CAGUGUUGCAAACGAUUCGUCUGUAACUAGUAGACACGUGCAUGAAACAAUCACUUGCCAAUUAUAUUAAAUCGUGUUCAAUCAUUUAUGUUGGCAAAUUACAAAGAUCUGUUCAUUAUUGAGCAAGAAAGAAAGGAGUAGCUAGAUAUAUAAAGUGUAGCAUAAAAGAUCGCACGCUUCUCGUUCAAUCGAUCGUACAUACAUAUUGAUAUAAAACUUUCCGUUAUAUAGAUUGUCCAGUAGUACUUCUCUAAUUGUAAGAGUGGAAGUGAAAACAAGUGUAGAAGUAAAUUGCUGACAUCACGACCAACGAUUAGUCAUCCCGAAACAAGAAGCCGUACAGUAGUGAGGCAAACGUAUCUGAUUAGUGAUGAGCAAAUGCUGUUCGAUCGAAAAACGCUCAUGUAAUUUACAAAUCAUUGACAGAACAUAGCUCUCAGUAUAUGUGUGCAGUGUGUUUUAUCAUCAAUAUUACUCUAUGCAAAGCUGUAUUAGAAGCGGUUUAUUUGGAAAAUGACAGAAAAUAUAAAGAAAGAUGUUAAAAAACCUCCGGAUGGUGGCUGGGGCUGGUUCGUUUGUCUUGGAAGCAGUUUAAUUACGCUUUCUUUGCGUUCUUUGGAUCCAUCUUUCGGGCUACUUUUCCAAGAUCUGCUGUUGGACCUCGAUGUGGAUUCUACAGGGACGUCGAUUAUAAUGAGCAUUCUAGAUGCUAUUGUCAAUUUUACAGGUUUUUUAGUUGGACCAUUAUUAAAAAAAUUUUCUUAUCAACAAGUCGCAUUCUUUGGAUCUUUACUCAGCUGCAGUGGCUUAAUACUUACAUCAAGGGCUAAUAGUAUGCUUUAUAUUAUUUGUACCUACAGCAUCUUAGGAGGCCUUGGUACUGGCCUUGCGACAGCUUGUUCCUUCGUUGCACUGAAUACAUUUUUUGACAAAAAGCGUGGCCAAGCCGUUGGAUUUUCCAUGGCAGGAACUGCAUUGGGAAUGAUGCUCGUGCCGCAGCUAAUAUAUAUGUUGCUGAAAUUAUAUGGAUUUCGUGGCACAACUCUUAUCAUGGGAGGAUGGGCGUUGCAUUCUGUAGUAGGAUCAUGUUUAUUACGUCCACUUGAAGAACAAUCAUUGUCACUCCCAGUCGAUGAAAAGACUGAUAAAAAACGAGAAAACGAAGCUUUAUUAAUGAAAACAAAUCCUACUGGAUCACGGAGGAUGUCGAACGGAUCAACUUGGACCAAAGAUCAAAAGACAGAAGACGAAUCAAAACUAUCAUCUAAAAAUGAAUCGUUUAUGAAGAAGAUAAAAGCAACCUUUGACUUGGAUCUUCUCAAGAAUCCUACAUACUUAAACGUCUCUCUAGGUUGCAGUCUUUAUUACGUAGCCGAAUCAAACUUUAAAUUAAUGAUGCCUUUCUUUCUCUCGGGUAUCGGAAUGACGAAAGCGGAAGUCGCCUUUUUCUUAUCCUUGACUGCAUUCGUUGACAUCCUCGCCAGGCUAUUGUUGCCGACACUUUUCGAUAAAUUUGGCUGGAAGAAACGCAUGAUCUUUUGGAUAUUCUGUCUCUUUCUUGGAAUCACACGUUCUGUACUGGCAGAACAAACGGCAAAGAUAUCAUUAAUCACCAUGUUCGUGAUAGCGGGAUUCUUGCGUGGCGCUACAUUGGUAAAUCUUAAUCUCUGCAUAUCAGAAUGUUGUACUUUGAAGAAGCUACCGAGUGCAUUUGGAAUGUAUAUGGUAUUCAAGGGCUUGUGCGUGGUCACUAUAAGUCCUUUAAUCGGAUACAUCAGAGAUGUCAGCGACAGUUACAAGAUCUGCAUCCACAUAAUGACCGCUAUUAUACUUAUUACUUUCAUUAUGUGGAGCAUUGAAUUUCUAUAUAUUGCCUUUUGUAAACGACGAUUUAUUAUAACCAAAAAAUUACAAAUGCAGAUAACUGAGUAGAAAUUUAAAUGUAAUAGUAAUUAUACGAUAAUUUUGAAUGUAUUUUUUACAAGCACGUUUAAAUUUAACGCAACUGAAAAAGCACAAAUAUUAAUAAAAUUAAUUAAUUUUUUAAUCAUUUUUUU